UAGUACUCACACUCAGUUUCUUCUUGUGUGAAUUUUGGUCAAUUUUUUUUUUGUUCUGGAAAAAUAAGUCAUUCUUUGUGAUCAAAACAAAAGUGGGUGACACAUCAAACUAUUCGUAAUCUUGAUAAGAUUUACCUUAAACAUUGAUAAUUACGGAAAUGAAUUGAUUUUCUCGAAUGACAUUGAUAAAUUCUCGAUUAAAGUGUCAAUGGUACGAAAAAUAUAGCAGAUGCGAAUUGAGAAAAUGCUCCAUUCUAGAAGUUAUAAACUUUGCCUUCCAUAUUAAACCAGUGAAAGUGGAAAAAUAAAUUUUGCUAUUUAAAAAUGUUGAAAAACAGUUAUACACAGUGCCAAAUUUAAUUGUAAAAAAAAAUAACAGUAAGGAUGACGUUACUGUUACUAACAGUAACAAACAGAAGCAAUAAGUGUGCAGGUGUCGAUGAAAUAAGAAAUAUUAAUUAGGGGAUGCCUAGUCUACAUUCGCUCGUCGUACGACGAGCUCCUCCCAUGGAUAUGGGGACUGGUACAAGUUCAGUGACAACUGUUAAUAAUUCGUCAAAUAAAAAUAAUCAUUCGCAAAAUAUCAAUUCGCAGAAGAAAUCGGAGAAGAAUAAAAUAAUGGGUGUUAAAAUACCGCUAGUGAGAAAGGAAUCGAGCGCGGUGAAUUUAUCAUUAAUGGAGAAGACGUCGCGUAAAGCGGCCGAAACACUUUUAUUGAGACCAGAAAGUAGUGCAAGUCUUGAGCCACGUGGUGGAAGUUGGAUAAGUUUGGGUCCUGGAGCUUUAAGAAAAUGUGAAACUGCCAUGGGAUUGAGCAGUUUAGCUUUAGAAGGCUUACGACCCAUUAAUCGUAGUCGUGUUUGCUCGCGUUGUUCUAGUUUACUUUCUCUAGCGUCUAGUUCGCGUUAUAGUUUAGCCGCGGGGAAUUUUGUACCAGCAUCGGUGACCGCCGCUACCACCACCACCGCAUCUCAACAAACGGUGGGACGUCUUUUUUGCAAACUCUGCCUCAAUGAAGUUCCCCUUAACAAAACAUUUACCAUUGAAGACUGUGGAUGCUCUUAUUGUAAAGAGUGCAUGAGUGCAUAUCUCGAAUUUGAAAUUGAAGAAGGCGCAUAUGAGAUAAGCUGUCCGGACGCAAAGUGUGAGCAUGAAGGAAUUAUUUCCUUGAAGGAUAUAUCUACCAUCGUUUCGGUAGAACUAAUGGAGAAGCACCAUAAAUUUCGCCUGAAUCGAGAUGUGUCGAUGGAUAAGGAGAGAGCCUGGUGUCCACGAGCUGGUUGCGAGACAAUUUGCUCAUUAAACGGUGGCGGAGGCAGUUCAAAUGGAAACACGCCACAUGGCCCGGUGCAUUGUCCAAAUUGUUCCACAGACUUUUGUUCCGCAUGCCGAGAACCCUGGCACAGUGGUCGCUGCUCGGAUCUUUCCCUAGGUAUUCCAUUUGACAGUGAUCACAUAAAAUGCUGUCCCAUGUGUUCAGUUCCAAUUGAAAAGGAUGAAGGUUGUGCCCAAAUGAUGUGCAAGAGAUGUAAACAUGUCUUUUGCUGGUACUGCUUAGCUUCUUUAGACGAUGACUACUUAUUACGACAUUAUGACAAAGGACCAUGCAAAAAUAAACUUGGACAUUCACGAGCGUCAGUGAUAUGGCAUAGAACUCAAGUUAUUGGAAUAUUCGCUGGCUUUGGACUUCUUCUUCUUGUCGCUUCACCACUACUUUUACUUGCUUCCCCCUGUAUAGUGUGCUGUAAAUGUCGUGUUUGUGGUUCAUCGCGACUCGAUCAGGAAGAAAGUUCACAUGAAGACACAACUGCUGGGACAUAAAAGAAAAGAAACAAAAGAAAAAAAAACAAAAACAGAAACAAAUCAAGUCAAGUAAUUUAUAUUUAUAUGCUUUCUGUAAAUCUAAGUCCACUCGGGAAAAAUAAGAUUCCGUUAUUUUUUUUUCCAUUACUUAUAAAGUUUACGCAUUUAAAAGAUUAUAUUUCCUUAAUAUAUUACGAUAUAUAUUAUUUUAAUGAAAUGAAA